GCGCUAUUUAAACGGAGCCGUCAACGCUUCAAUUUACUUUCUAUAUAAAUUGGAGCUUCGCCAUGAUUUGCUGUAACGCGCAUGCGCACAGAAUCGGACCUUAAGCGAUGGCGAAAUUCCUGCUUUUUAUGCAAGGAGGACCAACCUGGGAAGCCAAGUUAUCUCGAUAGAAUUGACCACUUAGGUGGUGUGGGAGGGUUCGCACCGAGGGGGAAGCUGCUCCUCUUUGCAGCCCGCUGACGUGGACGGCAGAAGGAGAGAAAAAAAAGGCGACAAAUUUCAGUGCGGUGCAUCGCUUUAUCGUCCAACAACCGUCUGAUUGAGAGACCCUCUCUAGUGGUGUGAAUGAGGGAAACAUGGCAGACCACACCCCGCCUCUGGAGUCCGGCCAGCUUCUCAGCCCUGAACUCCCCAUCCUGGCGUCACCUCCGCCUCCAGCCAUGGUCAACGGGGAUGGCCCCCAGCAGGUAAUCCUGGUGCAGGUAAACCCAGGUGAGGCCUUCACUAUUCGACGAGAGGAUGGUCAGUAUCAGUGUAUCACAGGUCCUGCUCAGGUUCCCAUGAUGUCUCCAAAUGGUUCAGUGCCUCCAAUCUAUGUGCCUCCUGGAUACAUUUCACAGAUCAUUGAGGAGAACGGAGUGCGGCGGGUGCUGGUGUUGCCACAGCAACCCGACUUCCACCCGGGCGGCCACUCACCUCUCCACCAUGCUCCGCCGCCUCCCCACGCCCACCUGCCUGCCUUUAUCCCGCACCCGGCCAUGAUGCCCCCGCCCCCUCAGCUGUACACGGGAAUGGUGGGCGGAGUGGGCGACAUGGGCUCGCAGUAUAUCUCCCAAUAUCACCCGGCUCACAUCUACUCAGAGCAAGUCAACUCUGCAGAUUCCCACACCCAACACAGCCGCCAGGCAUUUGUCCAUAGAGAUGACAGAACGAGCAAAACGCACGAGCGCCUCCAAAGGAAGCUGAAGGACCGUCAGGGAGGCAGUGGCGGAGGGCAGGUAAAGGACAGUCCUCCCCCUUCGCCGCAGAAGACGAGCAGCAGCCUCUCGACGCCCGACGUCCACAAUGGUGUGGGAGGCAAAGGGCCCGAAGCCGAGCUGCCCGCCGGCCAUGUGUUGGACAAGCAAGCGGGUCGGGGCAAAAACGCAGAGGCUGAAGAGCUGGAUGCAGCAACACAAGCCCUGCAAGCGCUGCUGAGCACCAUCAGUAAACCGGUGGUGUCAGACAUCCAGGCCCGGGCGGUCGAGGCGAGCUGGAGCGCACCCAAAACGGAGGACGACAGCACCCCCACGGGGGCCCUCAGCUAUGAGGUGUCUGUCUCAUUUAGCGGCAAGGAUGGCAAGUACAAGAGCAUGUACUGUGGCGAGGAGCUAAGUACAACUCUAGAGAACCUUCGACCAGCAACAGACUAUCACGUCAGGGUCCAGGCCAUGUGUAACUGUUUACAGGGAAGCCCGUCGGAAGCCGUGAGCUUCACCACGCUAAGCUGUGAGCCGGAACCUCCCAGUGCUCCCAAGAAAGCCAGCGGGACCAAGAACUCUCUCGUACUCCAGUGGAAGGCUCCCUGCGACAACGGUUCCAAGGUCCACAACUACAUUCUUCAAUGGGAUGAGGGGAAGGGAAAUGGCGUAUUUGAGCAGUGCUACUAUGGACCUCAGAAGCAGUACAGAGUGGCCAAGCUUUCACCAGCCUCCAGAUACUCCUUCCGCCUCGCGGCCAAAAAUGAUAUGGGUGUCAGCGAGUUCAGUGAAUCUGUGGAGCUGUUCACCUCGUGCAGUGUGCCGUCGUCGCCCUUCCCUCCCGAGUUGGAGAUGGCCGGCGUCACCUGGCUGAGACUUAAGUGGCUGCGCCCCAGCAGCUCGCCCAAGGAGGAUGACGUCUGCUACAUCCUGGAGAUGGAGGAGGAAGGCUCGGGUUACGGCUUUCAGCCCAGCUACGACGGCGACGAGCUCUCCUGCUGCGUCAGAAGCCUCCACAGGAGCACCAAGUACAAGUUCCGGGUGGCGGCGUAUAACUCGGAAGGCAAGAGUAACCCCAGCCCGGUGGUGGAGUUCAUCACCAAACCGGACAGACCCAGCUAUCCCUCCAAGCCCGUCAUCAAGGGCAAAGUUCUGCCCAACAGCUUCAAGUUGGCCUGGGAGCCCCCUAAAGAAAAUGGCGGAGCGGAUGUCACCAAGUAUGUUGCGGAGAUGUCGGAGGGUUUAAGCGGUUUGUCGUGGGAGUUGGUGUAUUCGGGCCCGGCCACGGAGCACCUGUGUGAUGGUCUCAAGCCCGGCUGCUCCUACCAGACGAGAGUGUACUGUAUGAGCGAGGGGGGGCAGAGCCCGCUGUCGGAGACCCUGCAGGUCCAGACUCCCGCGGUGCCCCCAGGGCCCUGCCAACCCCCCCGAUUGGUAGGCAAGCCCAAAGCCCGCGAAUUGCAGCUCCGCUGGGCUGCGCCUCAGGUGGACGGCGGCAGCCCGGUGUCGUGCUACAGCGUGGAGCUGAGCGGGCCGCAGUCGGAGGAGAGCAGGGAGGUCUACCAGGGUCCUGAGCUGGACUGCUCCGUGGGGGGCUUGAUGCCCGGCAGGACCUACGGCUUCCGGCUCAAGGCUGGAAACAAGGCCGGGUUUGGGCCUCUCUCUGAACGCUAUGAUGUCACCACCGGCCCCGGGGCCCCCGAGCAGUGCAAAGCUCCUUCCAUCACGUGCAAAUCACCCAGCUGUGCUGUAGUCAGCUGGGAGGCCCCACCUUGCAACGGGGCUCCGGUGACAGAGUUUCGUCUGGAGUGGGGGGCCGCUGAGGGCUCCAUGCAAGUCUGCUACAGCGGAGCAGCCCUCGGCCACGAGAUGAAGGGCCUGCUACCCGCCACCAAUUACUUUUGCAGGGUACAGGCUCUGAACGUGGCGGGCGUGGGCCCUUUCAGCGAGGCGGUCUUGUGCCUGACCCCCUGCUCGGUCCCCGCCGCCGUCGGCAACAUCUGCGUGAUGAAGGAGUCUGAGCUCACCAGGUUUGGCGUUCCUGACGAGGAGGAGGAAGAGGAGGAGGAAGAUGAGGACGAAUGCAUCCGGCCACCGCCGCCGCCUCUCUACUCGCCAUCCACCUGCGUGGGGAUCUGCUGGGACCCCCCCUGCGACCACGGCUCGGAGAUCACAUCCUACCUGAUCGACCUGGGCGAACGCCAGCCCGUCGUGGUCGGCCCCGUCACAAAGCACGUCAUCCAGAACCUGCAACCCGACACCAGCUACAGGAUCCGAAUCCAGGCCCUGAACUGCUUGGGCGCGGGGCCCUUUAGUCACACCUUUAAGCUGAAGACCAAGCCCCUGCCCCCGCAGCCGCCCCGCCUGGAGUGCACGGCCUUCAGCCACCACACCCUCAGGCUCAAGUGGGGCGACGGUCCAGCCAAAGCCGCCGCCUCAGACGCCCUCCAGUAUCACCUGCAGAUGGAGGACAAGAGUGGCAGAUUUAUCUCCUUGUAUGAAGGAACCUGCCACACCCACAAAGUGCAGAGGCUAAAUGAGUCUACCUCGUACGCGUUCCGCAUCCAGGCCUUGAACGAGGCGGGCUCGGGGCCCUUGUCCGCUGUUUACACCUUCACCACCCCGCGCUCUCCCCCGGCCCCCCUCAAAGCCCCCAAGGUGGAGCGCGUGGAUGACAGUUCCUGCGAGGUGAGCUGGGAGGCGCAGUUGCCCAUGAAGGGCGACCCAGUCGCCUACGCUCUGCAGUUCAUGAUGGGGAACUCGGACUUCAAGCAGGCGUACAAAGGUCCCGGCACGUGCUUCACAGUGCAGCACCUCCACCCCAACAGCGACUACCGCUUCCGGGUGUGCGCCAUCCGCCAGUGCCAGGACGCGCCCGAGCUGAGCGGGCCCUACAGCCCCACCGUGACGCUCGCCGUCCAGCGGGGGGGAGACGGCCCCGCCUCGGCGUCCUCCUCCUCCUCAUCCAGGUCCACGUCCUCAUCCGCCUCCUCGCCGUCGUCCUCCUCCUCGACGUCCGGGCGGGCCGGACACAGCCUGACGGACGAGCAGUGCGCCUUCCUGCUCCUCAUGGUGUUCGCCGUCAUCGCCAUCCUCAUCGCGUUCGUCAUCCAGUACUUUGUCAUCAAAUGAGCGCCCCCCCCCCCAACAGGGCACCACGGUUAUUACAGCUUUACUGUCCACCCUUUCACACUUUCCUCCUCUUUCCGCUCCCCCACUGGCAGGGCGAGUGGGGAGCUUCUUGUCACACACAGUAUGCACAUUGUUCAUUGCUCCGCAAAAAAUUUGGGCUAUUGAGUGAAAUAACGGGACGACUGUAAAAUGCACAAAUAACCUUCAAGGUAACUUAAUUUGGCCUCGAAGGUUGAAAAUUUGGGUCCACUUACCCCUCUCUGUGACUGCUCCAGUCUCUGUGUCGCUGAUGAGGCCGCUGACAUUCGACCAGGAUUGUCAAACAUAUCAGUUGUUUGCAUCAUUGUCGAAUUAUCUCAACGUAUGGUUAAACAUACAGAGUUGACCCGGUACUUGUUGUUGUUCCAGUGUUUGAACUACAAAUGGAGUUGGAAAUCACACGUCAUGGAACAUGAACGAUGAGGUACCGGAUGGAAGUUGGUGGGGGAACAUUUUCAAUUUUGAUCCAGACUUUUUGCCCCAAAUCAAAACGAACAAAUCCAUUUAGUCAGAAACAUGAAGUAGACGCUCUCGAUUGUAAAGGGGCAGCACUAAUUAUCAAA